AUGUCUCUGCCAGAAGAUGAUAUCUUGUUUGCGCGCCCGACGAUUGACCUCGACGCUCUGAAACAUGACAGCGAUCGCGGCAUCGCCGCCAUGCGGGAACAGAACAAGAGUGUCCGAGACAAUGCCCGCGAGAAGAAGACGACGUGUGGCAAUCCUGGUUGCGAUCAUGAGGACACCUCCUCUACACCCUUGAAAGCGUGCUCUAAGUGCCAUUCGAUACGCUACUGUUCAUCGGCCUGUCAGAAGGCCCACUGGAAAGCACACAAGAAGUCGUGCUCAUCGUUCUCUGAUCUACCUCUCUACCGUGAUUUCGAUCCCACUCUUGUUCUUCCGGGAUGUCAGUACCCUCAGAGUCCAGUAUUCGCUUCGGCUCAUAAGGAUGGAUUUGGUUGCUGGGUGGCACCAGGAGGGCAGAUCACUGGCGAGUUGGCCAAGUUUGCUGGUCCGGAUGAGGUCGACGACAAACCGUUCAGAGCACACGAGAGCGGAUAUACCGGACCGCGGCCAGAGGACAUCCGCAAGAUGAUGCAAGUUAUGCCUGGACCGGGCGACAUCCUCGAUAUACGCGUGCUUGUGCAGAACAGGUCAAAGGAGGCAGUCUUCGUGACUGGUCUGGAUCUCAUUGCGGUCGUAUCGAAGGCGAAGCUGGAUGACUUCUACGAGGGUACGUCAUCCAACCCGGAAUACGAGAAGAAUGUCUUCGCUAAGGAUACUACCGGUGCGGAGACCACCGGGCAGCGCCCAUGCUACUGCAACAUAACGCACAUCAACGGCAAGGGUGUCGAUAGCAAGGUCAAGAAGCACGGGUCGAUCAUGGAUGAGUCCCAGUGUACAGUUGCAUUGAAGCCUACAGAGCACGUAUGCUUCAAUGUCCAGUAUCGCCUCGGGAAUCCCGACCGUACGCUGGAGUUCCUAGCAUGGGAUCUUCUCGACAACAUCACAUUCGUUGUGCAUCGCCCCUUCUUCGGCGGAAAGGACUACGUCCGCGGGCAACAGUCUGAGAGGACUUAUAUCCGAGCGGGAGUAGACCAGAAGGAGGUUCGCCGCUGGUACGCGGACUACAGGACCAAAGGUCAGAUAGCGUUCAUCGCCAGCCACUACGGCGAGGAGCGCGCGAAGAUGAUCAAGGGUUUACAUGCGGCGCGAGACGAUCAUCCAAUCUCCAAACUUCUGCAGAAGGGAUUCAGCGACAUGAUGAACAGUGGUAAGUCGUUCGAGGAGUACAAGGCCGAAUACAAAACCUUCCUGGAUGGCCGCUCCGAUAUACCUCCAGAUGUUGUCGAAGGCUUCAAGAAGAUGGCACAUAUCGCUUGA